AUAUCUGCAGAUGCCUGCAUCAAAGCGUCGAGCGUUUUUGCUGUUAGAUUAAGUAUAAGCCACAUAUUUAAAGAGUCCAUAGUAGCCAUUUUCUCAUCAUUUAUUUUCUUUGUUUUGAUGUUCCUCUCCUCUGUUUUCCUGUUGGGGAUUUGGAAAAGAAACACAGUCAACAUUGUUGCGGGGACUGCUGGCAUAACAGCCGUGACAUAGAUUUUUGCUCCUCAAUGGAAGACAUUUUUACAGAAACAGCGAGUGUUACACAUUUCGCAUAUUCUCUGCAUCUGUACUCUCAUCGACGAGAGAGAGACUUCCAUUAUUCGUAGGUGGACAUUGAAAGUCAUUUCAAUUAGGAAACGACCAGCUAUUAGACCUUGAAGAACUGUAAAUAUAGUCUACCAGUGAUUGCGAACCGUCUUGCUCGCACGCCGUAGACGCCCAGCACCUUGGACAGCGGUUAGGCAGCACUCGCGAAGGUGUGAAAAAUUACCAUAGACCGUUGAAUCCUAUCUGGUUGACAUAAUUUGCCCUUCAGUAAAGGCAAAGGGGUAAUUCUACAUGGGUUACACUGAAAUAUUCAAUAGAUUUUAAGGUUUUGGUUCCCUCAAGAGGCAACGUUUUCUGUUUUUCUCCAAACCUUCUGGUCCAACCCCAAAACGAGUGAGCUAGACCUCCCUUCAUAAACCAGCGGCAUCAUGGGUACUGUCCUGUCUCUCUCCCCAAGCUACCGUAAGGCGGCCCUGUUUGAGGAUGGCCCUGCCACAGUGGGUCACUACACGGCGGUGCAGAACAGUAAAAAUGCUAAAGACACCAAGAGCCUCAAACGUCAGUCCAUCAUAAGUGUGCUGCCAUGGAAACGCAUCGUGGCCGUAUCGGCCAAGAGAAAGGGGUCCAAGAAGCUCCCUCCGGACGACAGUGGGCGGGGCAGCACAGAGCACACCUCUGCCUCCAACAGCCUGAAGCUGAAGAAGUCCCAAUCCUGCGCCAACCUGUCCUCUUACACCACCCAAGACCCAAGCACCACCACCACCACCUCCAUUCCCACCUCCAAGACUGUCGCCAACGUAGCCGCCACAGUCAAGAAGAACUCUCUGACGGGUUCCGUGAGCCAGGCCUCCAAUGUCGCCGGCACGCCCAAACGGGUCAUCGUGCAGGCCUCCACCAGUGAGCUCAUGAGGAGCCUGGGAGAGUUCCUGUGCCGACGCUGCUACCGCCUGAAGCGGCUGUCUCCCACCGACCCGGUGCUGUGGCUGCGGAGCGUGGACCGCUCCCUGCUGCUCCAGGGCUGGCAGGACCAGGGCUUCAUCACCCCCGCCAACGUGGUCUUCCUCUACAUGCUCUGCCGGGACGUGGUGUCGGCCGAGGUGGCCAGCGAGCGCGAGCUCCAGGCCUCUCUGCUCACCUGCCUCUACCUGUCCUACUCCUACAUGGGCAAUGAGAUCUCCUACCCGCUCAAGCCCUUCCUGGUGGAGGCAGAAAAGGAGGCCUUCUGGGACCGCUGUCUGGAGAUCAUCAACCGCAUGAGCGGCAAGAUGUUGCAGAUCAACACUGACCCACACUACUUCACCCAGGUUUUCGCCGACCUGAAGAAUGAGAACAAGAAGGAGGAAGAGAAGACGCGGUUAUUGAUAGGCCUAGACCGGUAGAAUGAAGGAGGACAUUAGUAGAGGAGAGAAGGGAUGGAUGGAUGUGGUGGGAGUAGCUACAGUAGAGCAGGCAUAUUGUCUGGUGUUUCUGAAUCUGCUCAUAGUGCCAGAUUUGGUUUAAAUAGGAACAUGAGCGAAAUGAGAAACAGUCUUAGGUUAUAAUGUGAUAUCUAAGGUAAAUGGAGGCCACCAAACAGAUACAGUUACUGUGAGUGUUCAUCCUGAGGCAUUGUUUAUUGGUUUAGUCUCCAGAACAUUGGGUAAUUGUUGUUCAGCCUGGUGAUCUGGAGCUGGAUACAUCAACAUGAGCUUAAUCUGACCAGAUUACAUUUGAUUGCACUUUAAAAACAGUAAAGAGUAGAACACACACUAAAUAGAUCAUCAAAUCAAAAGUAAGAAUGGUUGAAUCCCAACUUAGGCCAAGAGAUAUAAUAUAGGGCAGGCCAAUAGACAAGAAAGUAUCUUAAGGUGACCCAGGAACUAAUCAUUCUCAACCCUCCUGGAUCAGUCUCUCAGUUUACUCAAAACAGGAAGGAGACACCAGACAAUCUCCCUGUGCUCUGCUCUUGUACAUACUCAUAGAGAAAUGAAUUGAAAUACAGGACUCACGUGAAACCGAAGAGGCACCGAGAGAUCAAGUGUGAGUGAGGAUCCAGGUCCUGCAGUGAAUGAGGGUACACUAGAGCCAGAACGAUGAUCUCGCAGCACAUGAGAACACCUCACAAGUGUAUGUGUAAUAACCUUUUGCCAAUGUCCCCUACCUCAACAUAGUAACCAUACCCAAGUUUAAAACAUACAAUAGCACUAGCUCUGGGUUGAAACUACACCUUUUCCCUGGCCAAGUUUACUGGGCCCUCAACACCGAUUUUACUCCUUAGAUGUCGAUAUGGUUAACUGACCCUAUCAGUGGUUGAGUCACUUCACUUUCCUCACUACAGCAGGAUUAUGUAGCUACUAGCUCUGUUGGUCUUAUUGAAACUUUGUUUAAAGUAAAAAAGGGAACUUUGCCAGUCUCAUUCAACAGAUGCUAUGUGAAAAAAAAAUGCUUCUACCUUUUUUGGGCGUGGGUUGGUGGUUGUUGGGUUCCAUAGUUUUCUGUCUAAAAGAACAUGAUUAUGUUUUGGGUUUGGAAGUUCCAUAGAGGCUAUGUCUGAGGUAGAAUAUUUUACAAGAUGGUAGGAGCAAUGGCAUCAUAGACACGUUCUUCCAUCCUCUGCUACAACUACUCACCCCCCACCCCCACACUUGACAACUGGCAGACACUUUAAGACACUGAUGGAUCCUCUGCUUGGUCGAGAGACUUUUGUCCACUGUCCACUGGUUAUUUAUUUGAUGGCUUGUGUUGACAUGCAUGUGUGCUUUUAUAGGUUUCCCAGCAUGCUGCUUUGUGUUGGCACAUCACAUGUUAUCAAAAAAAGCAGUGAUCACACUGUAUUUUGAGGCUGAGUCAGCGUUAUGACUCCAUCAUACACUGGGGAUAGGCAUAUGGUGAUGUUAUACGGCUGAGUCGACCUUGUAACAAGUCUUCAGUUUCGGAACCCAUGCCCUCUGACAGAGGGUGGACGUUGUGUGCCAUAUUGUUCUAAAGAGUUACAUUUUAUAUUUAAAAAAAAAAUCACCUCUAGUUUAAAAUAAUGGUGAACAAGGAAGAUUUCAAUGAAUCAUUUAACUAUUUUGGAACAGAAAGGACUUGUGACAGGGAGUAAUUCCGCAUGUGGAAAGAGUGAUGGUUAAAUACCACAUCCUAAAAUAUUGGCUGCUAUAUGUAGCCUAAUAAGAGACACCAAGCUCACAACAAAUAUGCACACGAAAAUCAUUGCAAAGCUUGCUUACAUACUGCUCUUAGAUAGGUUUCGUAGAUGGUAUUGCAGUGUCAUUGUGAGGACAUUUAUAACAUUAUCAAAAUAAGAUUUCCCCCCUACGUUUGCUAGGUUACAGUUUAUCAAAUGAUCAUUCAUGUCAGAGCUGGUAUGGGCUUAGAGACAAUUUGCUGACAGUCAUCUGCACAGGAAUAAGCAAGGAAAUGCAAUGUUUCAGUGGAUACCAGCAUUCCAAUGGAAACUAUUAUGGUACACUGACACUUCAUAUUCUGUGCCAUGAGAAUGCACAUUUGCUAGUCGGGGGAGGGGAACUUCUUAUCACUUGCAACAAACUAAGAACAGGAAACUGUGGUAAGUGUUCCCACCAUUUUGUUUUUCACCUUAAGAUCCGCUGGAGCAAGCACCUAUGAGGAGAAGAGAUGAUGGAAGGAAAGAAAGAAAGACGGGGGUCUCAGAAUCUACCCAGUUGUUUCCUCUUUGAUUCCAUUCCAUGCUCAUAACUAUGUGCCACGUCUUAUCUUGCAACACACAGUAAAACAAACAAAAAAGUGUAAAAUAUUAAGCUAAUGAAGUUAUUUCCAUUUUUUCCCUUUUCAUUUGUGAAUCAUAUUGUGUAUAACUGGUGAACAAAACAAGGUAAAUAGUGUUAUUAGAGUUACAGUACAGCAGUCUGUGACUAUAUGGGUGUGUGACCAUGAUUAUGUAUGUGAGAAGUGAGAAGAAUUUGAUCAACUGUUACAAUUACUUUGUAUAAAACAUUUGCAA